AUGAAAAAAUUAUUAUAUAUAGCCAUAGCCUUGGCUUGUGUUGUUGCAUUAAUUGCUUUUAAUAGUGAAAUUUAAGAAUCUGUAUUUAAGAGAGUAAAAAGACAUGAUGUUUGGGGACCAACAUGCAGAAAGAAAUGUGCUGAUAAUAAAGGUGAAAUUUGUGGAUGGGUUUCAUAAGGAUGUUGCACAAUGGUAAUAUAAUUAAUAAUUUUAGGAACGUUGCUCAACUGGAUUUGGUGGAUAAAAAUGUGAGGAUGGAUAUAAAUUACAUAUUCCAGGAUGUACAACAUCUUGAUUAGAUUAAUAAUAUUUCAUUAUAAUAUCCAUAUCAUCAUGUUA